AUGAUAAAGAGAAAAGAAGGAGAAAAAAACGGGAAAAAGAAGGAUGAUGACGAGAAGAGAGAAACACUUUUUCCAUCGGUGACAUCUGAAGAAACACACACGCAGAAACACAAACAGAAAUACAAAGCAACGGCAGUGUACACUUUUGCUAUACAAUUUUCUCAACUACACUCAGAAUGGACUGUUGAAUUGGAUGGUGAAGCAAACCAGGAGGGAGGGAGGGGUAAAAGCAUACAGCAACGAUUGUUCGGAAAACAAAUGCUGUUCACGAAAAGAAUGGUUAAUCAGGACGGCGAAGAGGGAGGAAAAGGAAUAGAAGGAGCUACAGGAUUUGAGGGAGGAAAGGAAGAAACUGCUUGGAGAGUGCCGAUAAAAGCUGUAGAAGAAACCCAAUUAGCGACGGCUCGAUCGGCCAAUGCAUUAGACUUUAAAAAAAAAAAUGACGAAGAAAAAGGACGAGAAGAAAAUGGUGAAGAAGAAAGGAAAGAGGGGGAAGGAGAAGAGAGCGAGAAAAAGGAGAAGGAGAAGAAAAGGAGGACUUGA